AUGGUCACCGGCCCCCUGCGCAAUCACUCCAACAUCGGCCCUAUAUCAAGUGGCGCCGUUGUGCUUCUGCUCGUAUCGCUCGUCUCGCUCGCCGCCGGCGCUCCACAAAUAAAUGCUCAGAAAACAACCUCGCUGCUGGUAGACGAGGAGCCGGACCCCGAACAUAUAGGGGCCCAACAGGCCCCGCGCUCCAUCAACGUCAUCACCAUCCAGAAGGAGCCCGCCAUUUCCGGUGCCCGCGUCGAGGCGCUAACCACCGAACAUGAACCGGUUUUUCUGGGACACACCGCUCGGGGCGAGAGCAUCGUGGUGCCCGACUCCCUCAUCCAGUACAGCCUCUACGGCUUUUGGCUUGACGAAGUGCUCGAGAUCGGCUUCACCACCAAGACAUGCAUCGAACCCGAGUACUCGUUCGACCGCGAGGUAUUCGGCUAUCAGAGCGACAAGCGCAUCACACUGCACGCCAGCUUCGGAAGCCACGACCGCGAGCUGCGCCUGUGCGUCAAACACCGCCCCAAGGACAGGGUCACCAAGCCCGAAUUCGACGAGGUCGCCGAGGCGCGCACCUGGAUCUCCACGCUGCCCGCCCCGAGAAAAUAUUAUUUUCCCUUUCCCGUUCAGGUAACGAUUCUGGCCGUGCUGCUCGUGCUCUCCGGUCUGUUCUCCGGUCUAAAUCUCGGCCUGAUGGCGUUGACGCCACAAGAAUUAUCGCUAAUUAUGAAAUCUGGCUCAAAAACCGAGCGCCGUUACGCCGAGACGAUUCUGCCGAUCCGGGAGCGCGGAAAUCUAUUGCUAUGUACAUUGUUGCUAGGAAACGUCUGUGUAAAUUCGGCAAUCUCCAUUCUGCUCGACGAUUUGUCUUCCGGCAUUGUGGCCCUCAUCGGCUCCUCCGCCGGCAUUGUCAUUUUCGGAGAGAUUUUCCCGCAAAGUGUUUGUGUCAAGAAAGGCCUGGCGGUCGGCGCGCACACGAUAUUCCUCACCCGUUUCUUCAUGGUCCUCACGUUCCCCGUCGCAUUUCCCAUUUCAAAGAUUCUCGACUGGCUGCUGGGUGAUGAAGUCGUUGCCUAUGACCGGAAACGGCUGAUGGAACUGAUAAAGAUGAACGCGAAAGACGAAAACGGACUCCCCGACGAGCUGCGCAUUGCUGUGGGCGCCAUGGAGAUUUCCGACAAGACCGUGUCGGAUGUGAUGACCAGGAUUGAUGACGUUUUCAUGCUCCACAACGACACCGUGCUCAACACGAAGGCCGUGGCCGAAAUUUUGAGGAUGGGCUACACGAGGAUCCCGAUUUAUUCUGGGGACCGCAAUAAUGUGGUCUCUCUCCUCUUUGUGAAAGAUCUCGCCCUCCUCGACCCUGACGACAACUUUACGAUACAAAUGGUCACCAGCUAUCACAAGCACCCGCUGCGUUUCGUGAUGGAGGACACGCCGCUGAGGAUCAUGCUGGAGGAGUUCAAGAGGGGCGACUACCAUCUGGCCAUGGUGCAACGCGUGGUGGAAAAGGACGAAAAAGACCCCACAUACGACCUCGUCGGCGUCGUCACCCUUGAGGAUAUCGUCGAGGAGAUUCUGCAGGCGGAAAUCGUCGACGAGACGGACGCCGUCACCGACAACGUCUUCAAGCAUCGCCGUCGUGGAGCUCAGGCAAUGGUCCCCGGUCCCCCUGGCCGAUCGGCGAUACCAGCGUCGAAUGUUCAACAGCCAGCUCUCCACCAAUUCCAAGCCGACGUCUUCAAGAUGUUCACUACUUCUCCCCGUCUCCAAUCGUCCCUCGUCCUCCUUGAGCACGCGACCGACUUGAGCUACCUGUGCUCGAAUGAGGAGCCGUCGAAGCUGUCCGUCCAGAUGCAGCUCGUCACCAUGCAGUGGCUGACAACGAACCACGCGCUCGCCUUCUCGUCGGAGGUGAUAGCCUCGCCGGUGCUGGAGAAGCUCAUCCGCCAACAAGUUCGACGGGUGGAACUAUCGCACCUUCCCGACAUGUACGACCCGAAGGCCGUCAUCCCGCGCACCGCCAAGAUCUUCACCAAGGGCGAGUUCAGCGACCGUUUCGUGCUGAUUCUCGAGGGACGCGCGCUAGUUACCAUUGGCCAGGACCAAAUGACGUUCGAAGCCGGGCCAUGGCACGCGUUCGGCACCGAACUGCUCGAACGGCUCUGCGAUCAUGUCGUGGCGGAGAGCAAACGUCCGUUGAACGGCAGCCGUUGCUCCCUGACCGAUCGUCCCGAGCAGAAGGACCGCAAGAUCGGCUUCACCCCGGAUUAUUCGGUGGUCGUCCGCGACGAUUGCACAUUCCUCGAGAUCUCUGCCAACCACUACGAGCUCGCCUACAAGACGUCACAGAUCUCCAAGACCACCGCCAGAAUCUCUGUGGGCGAGGGCCCGACCUCGAACAUCAUCCGCGGGCCGCUGAUGACGGAUAGGACGGGCAGCCAGAGCAGCGUCAGCAAGGGGUGCAGCGCUAGAGAUCUGGAUCCGGUGGAACGAGUGAAGAGGAAUGGAGGAGGCAAGAUACGAUCUUCUAGUGAAAGUGAACAGACGGAGCUCCUCCCUCGCUGUGAUUUCUUGUCCCCUCGCGAUGGGUCGCUGUUCUCCGAGGAAUCCGGGCUGUCCGAUGCA